AUGGCCUCUCCAACACAGCUCCAAACCUUUCAAUCUAAGCCGCGUGUCUUCAUUCUCAGCGACAUAUCCAAUGAGCCUGAUGAUGCCGAGUCUUUGGUGCGCUAUCUUCUCUACUCUAACCAGUUCCGAACGGAGGGGUUGGUUGCGUGCACCUCAACCUGGAUGAAGAACAAGGUCUGCCCACAAGACAUGCACAAGAUUGUCGAUGGCUACGAGAAAGUAGUCGGCAAUCUCAACGCUCACGCACACCCCAAUGACCCAUACCCGACUGCCCAGUAUAUGAGAUCCCUAAUUAAGAGGGGCGCAGAGACAUAUGGUAUGACCGCCGUGGGCGACAACAUCCCCCUCAGCGAAGGCGGCCAGCUACUUCUGGAUCGCAUCGAAGCACCCUCGGAAGAUCCUCUCUGGGUUCUCUGCUGGGGUGGAACCAAUGUACUCGCCUCUGUCCUCCUGAAGAUCCAAAACACUCAUUCCGCCGCCGAUGCCGCCAAAAUGCGCUCGAAACUGCGCAUCUACACCAUCUCAGACCAAGACGACACGGGCACUUGGAUCCGCUACAACUUCCCUGAAAUCUUCUAUAUUUGCUCCGUUCACGGCUGGAACCAGUAUGGUAUGGCCGCUUGGUGCGGCAUCUCCGGCGACGGCUGGUAUGGCUUCGACAAGGGUGGGCCGGACCCGUCCAAGAUCAGCAAGCAGUGGAUCAAGGAGAACAUCCAGAUCGGUCCACUUGGAUCUACGUACCCGGACUACAUGUUCAUUCCCGAGGGCGAUACCCCGACUUUCUUGUAUAUUAUUCAGAAUGGUCUCGGUGUGCCAGAGCGCCCGGAAUAUGGAUCCUGGGGCGGACGAUACAUUCCCACGGAUAUCAGCGGCAAGGGUGUUUCCAAUGGUCAUUUUAGUGACACAGUGGACGAAGUCGUAGGCCUUGAUGGUCGGAAACACAAAUCCAACCAUGCAACGAUUUGGCGCUGGCGCGAUGCCUUCCAGACAGACUUCGCCGCUCGAAUGCAAUGGUCUCUCUCACCAGAUCUGAGCAAAGCAAACCAUCACCCGGUCGUUGAUAUCAACGGUAAUAAGGGUCUGCAGCCGCUUCAUUUCGAGCUGGAGGCCGGUGCCACUUUCCAGCUAGAUGCUUCUGCAUCGUAUGAUCCCGACCCCAACGAUACUCUCACUUUCAAGUGGUACCAGUACCAGGACCCGAGCGCGUCACAAUGGUCUGUUCACCAUGAGGUAGGCUGGCUGGAUAUCAAGCCACUCAAUGAAGCCAGUAGCAAGGUUGAGGUCAAGAUCCCUCCUCCGGAUAAGUGCUGUGUAGAGUUGAUCAGUCGGGCGGCAAUUCCCAAAGGCCAGAUACUACAUCUUAUCCUUGAGGUGAAGGAUAAUGGGUCCCCGGCUCUCAUCAGUUAUCGCCGAGUCAUCAUCCAAACAACGAAUGAAAAGUUGUUGGGUGGUGAUGGUGGUGCUGAGGCUAUCGGUGAUCUAAUGCGGGAUGUUUUGCAACAAACCCAAUUGUGA